ACCCAAAGAGCAAACGCAGCCGACACAUGCACGGCAAGAUGCAUCCGGCAUGGUCGCUAUUGCAACUUGUGUGUGUGGCGUGCCUACUGCGCAUCUUCACUGCUGCGUCGGCUGCUCCAUGUCCGCAAGGAUGCCUCUGUGUCGGAACGACUGUUCGAUGCAUGUUCCUCAAUUUGAACCACGUUCCCAGGGUUCCAGAGAACACAACCGUUCUUGACCUGCGCUUCAACCAAAUACAGCGCCUACCGGCGAACGCAUUUCAAGACCUACCCAACCUAGACACCCUGAUGCUGGACAGCAACCAGUUGCAGAUUGUUGAAAACCAGGCCUUCGAGAAGCUCAGGAACUUGAGACACUUGUUCCUCUCGAAGAACAGAAUCAGGCGCAUCGAAGAUGACGCGUUUUCAGGACUGCAACAGCUUGAACAAUUGUCUCUCCAGGAGAACGAGCUCGGGGAGAUAGCGGAGGCGCCGUUUCGGAUUCUGCUGUCUUUGGAGAGGCUGCACCUCAAUGACAACCAUAUACGCACGGUCCAGAAGGGAGCCCUGCAGAACCUCAGGCAGCUGAGACGCCUGCGCUUGGACGGCAACCCGCUGCUAUGCGACUGCGGUCUCGUCUGGUUCACACAGAUGCUUCGAGAAAAGCAGACCAUUACGCAGGCCAGCGGUCAGUGCUCCCAGCCGGACUCCCUUCGCGACAGACCACUGACGUCGCUCGACAGCGGUGAUUUUGCUUGCAAGAGGCCACGCAUUGUGCAAGAGCCACAACCCCAAGAAGUGGAGUUAGGUGAACCCGCCAACCUGACGUGCAAGGCAGAAGGACAACCCCGACCAGACAUCUACUGGACCCAGAACGGGGUCGACGUGUACUUUGGAGGUCGGAGCGAUAUCGAUAUGCUCGAAGACGGAACGCUGGUUAUUCGCUCUGCCAAAGAAGACCAUGAAGGAGUCUACAGGUGCAAAGCGGAGAACGCGGCUGGAGCGGCGAUCUCCAGAACUGCGCAGCUAAGCGUCGUAGCAAAUUUCGAAAACUACGUAGAUAGGCAAGAUUACGAAAAGCCGCACAUACUGGUGAGCCCCUCUGAUGUUUCGGUCAUGGCUGGCCGCAGCGUGACGUUACGUUGUCCGGCCACGGGUAGGCCCACGCCACUGGUGACAUGGAAGCGGGAUGGUGUGCCCCUGCUGCAGCACGCCCGUUACCACGUGUCGCUCACUGCCGGCAUGCUACUCAUCUCGGCCACCGACCCCAGUGACGCCGGCAUCUACCGCUGCACAGCCACCUCACCAAUCGGCGAAGACAGCACUACCAUUAGGCUUGACGUGCAGCAAAUACCGUACUUCUUGGAAAGACCACGUGAGCAAGAUGUCCUGGAAGGCGAGAACGUCGAGCUUAUCUGCAGCGGCGCAGGUUCCCCAGCGCCGGAACUCUCGUGGUACAAGGAUGGUCAGCGCAUAACGCCGGACGGAGAAAGCGUCAAGGUACUGCACAGCGGCAAGGUACUCCGACUCCAGGGUGUGGCCAGGCAGGCGCAGGGGGUCUAUACAUGUCACGCCGAGAACGCUGCUGGGUACUCCGAAGCUCACGCGGACCUCUCCGUUCACUCGAAAACACCUCCACAUUUCGUGAGUGCACCGGCAAACACCGAGACAGACCCGGAGUCUACCGUCGAGGUGCUGUGCAUGGCCGAGGGACACCCGACGCCAACCCUGUCGUGGCACAAGGACGGCGCACCGCUACCGCUCGGUGGGCGAUUCAGCGCGGGACCAGAUGGCCUUCGCGUGGUGAACGUACAACCACGGGACGAAGGCCGCUACGAGUGCGUCGCCGAGAACGAGAUGGGCCGAGCAUCGGCCCCUUUCUACAUACUCGUCCGGGACUAUAUAGAGGGCUACACCGGCACGCACCCUGGUGACCGGUACGUGCUUUCCGCGCUGCACGAGGCUGAGCAGUCAGUCGACAGGGCUGUCAACAGUACACUCGAAGAUUUGCUCAACAACAAGCGAAGCACCGUGGGAGGACGCCACAGGCACGCCCACUUGCUGCGCAUAUUCCGCUACCCGGACUCGGAGGCCCAGCGCUCCGCCAGAGCAGCCGAGGUGUUCGAGAGGGCGCUCAACAUCAUCCAGGAACAAGUAGCGGCCGGUAUGCGAUUCAACAUUUCAGAUACGUCGGUUGACAACCUGUUGUCUCCCGGCUACCUGGACUUGCUGGCUGAAAUGUCAGGCUGCCUGCAGCACCGCCAAGUGCCGGACUGCUCUGACACCUGCUUUCACAGUCGCUUUCGCACGUACGACGGCACCUGCAACAACCUGCGUCACCCUAUGUGGGGCGCAUCACUGACACCUUUCGAGAGGCUCCUUCCGGCUGAGUACGAGAAUGGAUUCAACACACCCGUGGGAUGGACCGCUGAAAAACCGGUCAAUGGGCAUCCCCUCCCACUCGCUCGAGCUGUCUCCACCGGCCUAGUAUCCACGGAAGUUGUGGAAGGAGACUCCGAACACUCCCACAUGCUCAUGCAGUGGGGCCAGUUUCUCGACCACGACAUGGACUUCUCGAUGCCAGCCAUCAGCCACGAGAGAUUCAUCGACACCGUCGACUGCGCAGACUCGUGCGACAACGUCAUGCCUUGUUUCCCUAUCGAGGUGCCGGCGGAUGACCGCCGUGUCCGUGGCCACCGGUGCAUCGAGUUCGUCCGCUCAAGCACAGCUUGCGGAUCGGGUCGUACGUCCGUGUUCUACGGAGCGCUGGCACCGCGCGAGCAAACCAAUCAGCUGACGGCGUUCAUCGACGCCUCGAACGUGUACGGCAGCCGAGCCAAGCAAGCCAUUCACCUGCGCAACCUGACCAGCGACCGCGGUCUACUGAGGGUGGGACCCCGCAUGCCUUCUGGGAAGUACCUGCUGCCUUUCAACGAUGGGCAACCGAAUGACUGCAAGAGAAACUCGGAGAUAAAUGACGUGGACUGUUUCCUCUCGGGAGACGUGCGCGCCAACGAGCAGCUCGGCCUGCUCGCCAUGCACACGCUUUGGUUUCGGGAACACAACCGUCUCGCCGAAGCGCUCAGCGAGAUCAACCCGCACUGGGACGGGGAGCGGCUGUACCAGGAGGCACGCAAGAUUGUCGGAGCGCAGAUGCAGCACGUCACCUACGAGCACUGGUUGCCCAAGAUUCUCGGUCCAGCGGGGAUGGCUGCCAUGGGACCGUACAAGGGCUACAAAGAGGACCUGAAUCCAUCAGUGGUGAACGUGUUUGCCACGGCGGCCAUGCGCUUCGGUCACUUCCUGAUCAACCCCGUGCUACUUCGACUGGGCCCCGACUGGAGACCCGUGCGCGAAGGCCCGGUGCCUCUCAGGAGGGCCUUUUUCGCACCGCACUUGAUGCUCAGGGAAGGUGGCAUCGAUCCACUCAUGAGAGGCCUGCUCCUAGCUCCCGCCAAGCUGAGAAAGGCCGAUCAGCUGCUCAACUCGGAGCUCACUGAUCACCUUUUCGAGCCCGCCCUGGUAGUGGCUCAAGAUUUGGCAUCAUUCAACAUCCAACGUGGUCGCGACCACGGAAUGCCGGGAUACAACAAGUGGCGUCAGUUCUGCAACCUCUCGCGGGCCGAGAGUUUCGACGACCUGAGUCGCGAAAUACCCAGCGCCGAGCUCAGACGCAAACUGGAGCGCCUCUACAAGACUCCCGACAAUAUCGACGUUUGGGUCGGGGCCAUCGGCGAGGAGCCAUUGCCGGGUUCCAAGGUGGGACCGACGCUGACCUGCCUAUUGAGUCUGCAGUUUGCAAAACUGCGUGAUGCGGACCGGCUGUGGUACCUGAACGAGGGCACCUUCACUGCUGAACAACGCGAGGAACUGAAGCGCUCUUCACUGGCGCGCGUACUCUGCGAGAAUGGUGACAACAUCACGCACGUCACUCGCGACGUGUUCACCCUACCAGAUCGGCAACCCGGUGGCAUCCUCCACUGCACGGAGAUACCUUCCCUAAACCUCGACCACUGGAGGGAACAAUCACCAGACCCAGAAUGCCCAGAGGUUCGCAGCAAGUUCAAGGCUAAGAAAACUCGGUCUUCUGCACAAAGUCUGCGUGGAAGUCGACAGCAGAGCGCACAGGCUUAGCCUGCAGGAGCACUCACAUUGUGUUUUGUCGGCAUUUUGUUUCAGUUCAUCAAACGCGACAAUCUCAUCUCUGAACGCAACUUUCACUAGCAAAUCUUGCAAAAACCUUGAAUACAUUACAGGCCACACCAGCCAUAUCACCUUCAAUGGCGGCAGCAUAAGAAGAAACAUGUGUAAGAUUGAUUCACACUGAAAAUCAAGGAUCCUUUUUCUUGCAUACGUCCAAGAAAAAUAUUAGAAGGUGGGUGACGUAGCAGCACCAUAACGUCCAAAGCAGCAUUUCAAAGCUUGCUUCUUCUGUGAACGUUUCAUACUUCAAGAUUGUCAAAUAACUUCCACAACAGCAUUCCUUUUCCAAAGCCGAGCAGAUUCAAAGUAGCUUCCGCUGAAACACGUUUUCCGAGGAUCAGACGGCUCCUCUAUCUGUUAUCAGUGAAGUGGUGAAACAGAGACGAACUACGGGCUUCUUUUUUAAAAAAUUAAUAACGAAAGAAAACGAAAGAUGCACAGACUAAAUGUGUGUACCGGGGAGUUCACCAUUAGCUGCUCGUAUAUGUGUCAAUAUCUAUGAUUUCAAGAUUUCUGAUUAAUCUUAUGAUUGCUCAAUAUAAACACAACGUAUUGCUGCAAAUAUUACGUCUUCAGGUACAGCUAAUAACAAAUGCUAACAAUGCCGGCGUCAGUUAACCUCACCGCUUCUGCUGUGCGUUGUUCCUGAGCUCAAGUUUUCCAUGUAUAUAAAACGAAAUCGCACUUUGCUGUGUUGUUGCUGAAGACUUCUAUGGCGAAACGCAGGAAUGAAUGUUUGUUGUUUGUAUCACGAGCUUGAAUUCUAGUGAAGCGUUGACACUGCCAUAAAGAAAACUGCUUUAAUCAUAUUUUACGUUUGUUUGCAUGACCUGUUAUUGUUUCUGGUGUAGAUGUGAUAAUUGCUUUGCUUUGGUCAUGCUUUCAUGAAGCGUUUGCUAAUUUUCUCCUCACAAAUAAAGUGUAUACUGAUUCACUGUA